AGAAUACAUUUUACAGACUGGCUAGCAGUCUGUGCUAAAUCGAUGUAGCUAUUUGUGUUGUUCCUUUAAACCUAGCUAUCGAUUAUUGCUGGUUUUAUUUUAUUUGCAUUCUGUAGCUGUUUGUCUGCGCGAGCGGACGACCGGCUCUUUAUUUUUUUGCAUGCUUUACGUUGCUUGUUGCUGAUGUUGUUAGCCAGAAAGCAGUUAGCUAAAUAGCUAGCUAGCUUCUGCAUUCAUCAUUUCGCUGGCCCAUACUUUCAAGAUGCCUCUGGGUUUGAAACCAUGUUGCGCUGUCUGCAAAACAAUCUCAUCGUCUAUGUGGAAAAAGGGAAACCAAGGAGAGAUCCUGUGCAAUAACUGCACGGGGAAGAGCACCAGCAGUGGAGCAUCUGGACCGUCGGCGUCCUCCAACACACAACAGAAUAAUGGCGGGGGCAAGCAGUCUAAACAAGAGAUCCACAGGAGAUCAGCACGGUUGAGGAGCACCAAGUACAAAGCCCCUGCCUCUGAGAAAAAGGUGUCUACCAAAGGAAAAGGAAGAAGACACAUAUUCAAACUAAAAAAUCCAAUCAAAGCACCCGAAUCUGUUUCCACGAUCAUCACAUCAGAAUCAGUCUUUUAUAAGGGUGUGUAUUAUCAGAUGGGAGACGUCAUCAAAGUGACAGACGAGGAUGAUGGGAGGCCGUACUAUGCACAGAUCAGAGGUUUCAUCCAGGACCAGUACUGUGAGAAGAGUGCCGCAUUGACUUGGUUGAUACCAACCCAGGCCAGUCCUAAGGACCUGUUUGAUCCUGCCACUUACAUUGUUGGUCCAGAGGAGGAUCUGCCCAGGAAGAUGGAGUACCUGGAGUUUGUGUGCCACGCCCCCUCGGAGUACUUCAAGUCCAGGAGCUGCCCCUACCCCACCAUUCCUAUCCGUCCAGAGAAAGGCUACAUCUGGACCCAUAUUGGACCCACGCCGGCCAUCGCUAUCAAAUAAUAAUUUGGCAACCGCAGUUAGCCGCUGGGCCAUUUACCAUGAAGAUAUUAACUUUGUCUGUUAGUUUGCUAACAGACGCAUGUACAUUUACGUAAUGUAAUGGAGACAAGUUGUAGACUGACUCAUUAGGGUGGCAGGUAGCUUCGCAGUAAGAGCAUUGGGCCGGUAACCAACAUGUCGCUAGUUCAAAUCCCCGAGCCGACAAGGUGAAAAAUCUCUCGAUGUGCCCUUGAGCAAGGCACUUAACCCUAAUUGCUCCAGGGUCGCUGUUGAUAAUGGCA